AUGGGGGAGAAAGCCCACCAUUUCUUUUCUGUUGAAUUGCAAUCACCAUUAGCAGAGGAGGAGAAGCGGAACAAUAUCACCUUACAGUUUAGAAACACUCAUUGGGGAGGGAUUAUUAUUGUCACCGUCAGGCAAAAUACAGAAAGAGAGAAAUACAUCAAAAGAUCUGAGUGGUAUCCAACCGAUCGACCUUCAAUGAAGGUCGUGAUUCAAAUGCUCAAAGGCGAAAACAUGCCGGUCAUGCCACCAAAUCCUUUUGCUGCUUCAGAAUCUGCAAAUAUAAAUACAUCAGCUACCAGUGGAAGCCUAUUUAGUAGUGAGUUUGAUAGCAUUUCUGAAAGAAGUGGGAGCAAUAAUUUAGUGUCUUCUUGA